AUGGAUGCUGAUCUAGUUAUACAACAAAUGUCUCGAUAUGGAAUGAUUAGUUUACUCUUAAUUGGUGAUUUGGGCACAAUUUUCAAUUGUUUAAUUUUUCGUCAACCAGCAUUAAAAUCAAAUCCAUGCUCAAUGUACUUUCUUGCAUCAAGUGUAUCACAAUUAUUUUCAUUUAAUUUUGGUCUUCUCACUCGCAUAUUAUCAUUUGGAUUCACCAUUGAUCCAUCAAACACAUCGUUAUUCUAUUGUAAACUGCGAUCCUAUUUAUCAAUUCUGGUACCAUUAUUUCCUCGUUUCUAUAUUUUAUUGGCAUGUCUCGAUCGUUGGGCUAAUAGUUCAUCAUCAGCUCACUUACGCAAAUGGAGUUCAGUGAAAAUCGCUCGACGUAUGAUUUUAUGUAAUUUUUUAUUUUGGCUUUUAACAUCUGUUCACCUACUGAUUUUCAAUAGUAUCGUUCAAAAUAAAUGUCAGAAUGUGCCAGGAUUUUACCCGACAUUUUACAGUUUUUAUGUUUUAAUUGUUCCUGGUUUAGGUCCAAUAGCCGGCAUGCUCAUCUUAGGCUUAUUAACCUUGAAAAAUGUGAAAACAAAUCGUCGCCGAAUACAUCCACUGAGAGCAGGUGAACGACCACGAAUGAAACAAAAAGAUUUACAAUUAUGUCAAAUGCUUUUAUUUCAAGUUUUAAUUAAUGUGUUACUAAAUUUACCAAGUCCGCUUUAUUUAAUUUAUUCAACAUUUUCUACAGGAUACAAGAGUCCGCAACGAUUAGCCAUUGAAAAAUUAAUGUCAUAUUUAGUUUUAUUUUUGGUUUAUCUUGGUUAUACACUGUCAUUCUUUCUUUAUACACUUUCUUCAAGAACAUAUCGACAUGAAUUUGUACGAUUAUUUAAACAACUGAAACAUACAUUAUCAAGACAACGACCACUACCACCAGCAAGAUAUCAAAACGUACACUCAAAUGUUGUUUAUACCAUAAGAACACAAACAACAACAAUACGAACGAGCUAA